AUGCUCUCCAAAGAUUUAUUAGCAAUGGAGUCUAUUCAAAAUGUCAAUCAAACUCCUGAUGAGUAUUUGAUGGAAACUAUUCCUUCAUAGAUUUCACCAAUUAAAACUCAAAACAAGAAAUAACCUCUGUCAAUGGAUAGGAUAAAUUCUAAAACAACCACUUAGGCUACUGUGGUAGGGUUACACCAUAAGCCAAUAUCUUAAGGCAUUUAAAAUAAUUUUUAUUCAUCUGUCGGAUAAAGUGGAGGAAUACAAUAAUAAAUGAUGAAUAGCUCAAUAUCUUAAAGUAUACUAGGACCAGGCUAUAAAAUGAUGGGUACUAUCUAGGGAAGUGGAAACGCAGGGUCAAUGAGUUGA